ACUUAUUACAUUUUGAAAUGUUUGCCACACUGAUAAAUAUAAAUUUACAUGCAGCCCAUUAGUCAAUUUUGUUUCAACAUUUCUACGUAUGAUUUUUCAUUGAAUUUAUUGUGUUAAAUUAAAUGUGUUGGUUUGUAAUUGACUAAAGUGCAGGACAGCUCAUACUCACGAGAAAUGGAAUCAGCUGUUUAACUGUGUAAUGGCCGUGUUCAUGGUUAAUAUUUGUAAAUUUAAUGGAUGUGGACUUACAUUUCAAAGUUUAGGAGAGCUAAUAUGGCAUAUAGAAGAUAACCACAUUGAUUACGAUCCUCUAGUUGUAGAACAAAAAGAGCAACAGCAACCACAAUGCAUGCCACUGAGCUACAUUCUGCCGUUUUUCACGGAUGCGGCUCGGAAGGACCACAAAGACGUGAAGCCCAAAAUGAACAAACCUUUGGUGACCAAGACCUUGCCUUCCCCCUCCACCCCUACCAAUGUCACGGUCCAAUCUUCGACACAGUCAGUCACACCAAAUGUUGAAGUUCCGGUUUCACGGGUGAGUCCAGCCAAACCAGUUUCAGUCGCAAUCAUUGAGGUUACGCCAAAAAUUAGACCUCUGAAAGCUCAAUCACGAGCUAUUACGGGCAACGAGGCAGAUGACGAUGAGCUUAUGAGUGAGUUGGAGGAUAGCAACGACUCAUGGACCACCCCAGAAGAGUUCAGUUCCGAGUUCAUCCUACGCUACGGUAGCAAAAUGGUAACACCAAGUUCACCAGGUCCUAACGGAAUCAACCUGGAAAAGCCAUUUGCCUGUCCUGUACCUGGCUGUAAGAAGAGGUAUAAAAACGUUAACGGAAUCAAAUACCAUUCAAAAAACGGUCACAAACACGAUGGAAGGGUCAGAAAAGGUUUCAAAUGUCACUGCGGUAAAAGUUACAAAACAGCCUCCGGUCUGAAGAACCACACAACCGUGAUGCACAGUGGAGCCAACAUGACAACAAUAACAACACAAACUGGUGAAGUAUUACAAGUCCCUAGCAGUCAGGUAACAAUACAGCCAAUCCGAGCCUUGACACUAAAACAUAUAGCUAGCCUCGGUCUGCCUGUGAAAACUUUAGUUGUAGCCACUAAAACUGUGGACAAAUCUGCUAGACCUGUCUCCCCUCCGACCCCAACUCUGGGAGUUCUCACCCCUGCUACCUCUCCGGACUCUCCCUUGUCAUCACCCUCCUCACCCCCCUCCAACCCCCAGUCUAGCCUAGCUACAUAAAUAGUCUGUACUUUGUACUUAAUUUGUUAUGUACUGUUAGUGUUUUGUUAUUUUAACUAUCAGUUAUACACUUCAGAUUAAAUACUGUUAUAUUGUUAUCUAUUCGUUAUAUAUGUAUAUUAUUUUCGAUAUUUAUUUCAAAUUAUUGUAUUUGGGAAAAUUUUACAACAUUUUGCCUGUGUCGUUAAAUUUUAUAUCGUAAUACAUUCGAUAAUGGUAUAUGAGUGUUCUGUAUACUUUUAUGAAUAUAUUUUUGACUAGAAUAUUUUUCUGUUAAACAGUUUGAAGGUUUUCUGAAGUUAUGUUUUAUGUUUUGGAUUAGUUUAUUGUAAUUGGGAAUUGUUCUUUAUCAUUGUAUUACAUCACCGUUGUUUUUUUCCUACAAUCAAAAUGUUUGCGUCACGUCAAGAAUUUUAUUUUCACAAAGAAACCAGCACAGCUGGAGAAAUAGGUGACACUGUCAAUAUAUAAAAAAAAUAUUAUUUGUGUGAUCAUGACAAGAUACAUACAGAUCACUGUAAAAAUAAUUUAAGUUAAUCAUGUGUGAUUAAAAUUCAGUAAGGUCUGAUCAUGCAUCAUGAUUUUCAAUUAAAAAGUAAAAAGAGAACUGAGUUGUGUAAUCCUAGUCCUUAAAGCUCUGCUAUACCUUUGUUGAAUUCAUUCAUAUAAGUGCUACAUUUAUAAAUGUAGAACAAAAUCAAUUUUAACAUGUUAUUUCUUCAAUGACUAUUUUGAAGGAACAUCUUUUACUCAACACUACUAAUAUAAUAUAGUACUACUUCUAAUAUAGUAAAGAACUACUUUUCCAUGCAGUAUAAUAAUCUGUUACACAGUGAAAGAAUUAUACAAUAUUCUAUUUUGUAACCAGUGUUAAUGUUUGUUUUUUUCUUAAGGUUUUAGUUUUAAAGGUAAAGCGGAGUUUUAAAGGUAUGUAGAGGAAAAUCUACAUAAUCAAACAUGUCACAAUGGAUUGUAAUAUUUUUUUUAAAUCUACAUAAUCAACGUGUUAACAUUAUGUAAAAUAGUAUCAGUAUACCAGAGAGGUUUUAUGUAUUAAUUUUGUUAUUUCUUUUUUGGAUAUUUUACAACUGGGGUUUGUAAUUUGUUUUCAAUUAAUACAAGAAUAAGAACCUAUUUGAACUGCUACACGAGAUAUGUUUUAGUUGAAAAACUAGAGGAACAUUUUUAGUUAAAUACAAUUAGAUAAGGUUAAAUUGUUACGUUUCACUCAUUAUUCAACACUUUAAAUAUUUUGGGCUUUAAUUGUAUAUUUAUAAUUUAUUGUUUAGAUAUUUUAUCUCGCGACAUUUAUUUCCUAGUUUCUAGUUGUGUUCCAUUCCCCUAUCCCUUCUUGUCCUUCCGUCAACGAUUUCUACUCUGUCUAGGGACUGAUCAUUGAGAACAUAAAUGUGUACAUACAAAUGAUAUUUAGUUUUACGACAUUGAUGUAAAAUACUAUAAUUUUAUGGUUUCAAUUAUUGUUUUGUCCGAGACAUGUCCUAAGAGCAGUGUUUAGUUGCGUUGGAAGUUCUAAACGCGACAACCAAGUCGUAACAUACGCUUAGUCACGCCUGAUCAGUCAUGUAGACUGCUGUAAAUACCAUGACGUUUGGCGUUAGAGUCACUAGUACAAUAGACGUAAGCAUAUUUUUUGUCUUGUACUAAACAUUGUGUUGGCAGAUUUUUAGUUUCGUCAUAGAUCAGCUCAGUUUUCAGAUCAAAAAAUCAUCCUGUAAGAUGAAUCUAAAUUACUCUGUCCGUUCGUAUAGUGAAAGUUAAUGAAAUAAAUCUGAAAUGCGUAAGAGAAUGUCAAAGCAAAAAUAGUUUAGUAGUAAAAUAUAAUUUCUGACAGAGAAUUUUGUAAAUUAUUUUUGAUAGUAAAAUAUUAAUGUUGUAUAGGGCCUACAGAACUUGGGCUGGACUGUUUUCUGAAAACAGGUUGGUUAGUAUCAAGAAUUUGGUAGAGCAAAACUUUUUGGAUCCAUAACUUACAACUCAUUGAAUAUUCUUGACUACUAUAACAUUCCAUCAUGUAUACUUCUCUCCAUCCUGGAAAAAGUCCAUAAUUUAUUUUUACGAAACAUUUUGCCGAAAGUCUUGAAAACUGAGCUGAAAUUCUAAGAAUGACUGUAGUAUCUUUAGUCGUUUGUAUGUUCAGUGUUAGUCUAGUCAAGAUGUAGCUGGUAGAAGUAGGUGCAAAACAGUUAAGAUCCUUCUUGGCGAAUUAGAGUGUUUAUGUGUCCAGUUAAUCGCUCUGCCAUGUUUGAAGUUGAAAAUUGCCUUUUCCAUGUAUUUCAACUGAUCGGUUUAUGUAGACCAUUGCCGUUGAUGUCCCCUUACCCUGAAAGACAUUAUUUCCUUUAUCAGGCCUUCCCAGUUGCCAAAAAUUUGUCUAGGCUUUGUUGAAAACUAUAAUUUAAUGCUUAAGCGAGUUCAUGAAAAAUAUUUGUUUUUUUUUAAUUUUUUUUUUUAUUUUGAUAGUUAAUUUUCCAAAUAUUUUGUUUAUUCUCAUGUUAUUUAAGAUAUAAAAAGAAUCGGCUGGAUUUAUACUAUCAUAAAAGUUAUAACUAACAUUUUGCUAUGGCAUGUUGUUACAAAUAUAAUAUGUUAUUACUGUACUUGUUAAAAGCUAAUCUGUAAACACUUGAUGGAAAUCUAUUUAAGUACAAAUAGUUUAUUUUAGAAUGCAAGUCAAAACCACAUACCCACAAUUACAUUCAACACAAGUUACACCCAAAGAAACAACUCUUACUUGCUAAACAUAUAAAUAACACAAUCUUAUGUACUAAUUAACUUGAUAGAUGACUGAAAAAUUAAAUAAACCCUACAUAUGUUUGAUACUUUCAAGACUAUAAAGUUUUUUUUUAAUACGAGUAUAGGUUUUGAUUUGGAAAUGUGGACUCAUCCUUGGUCAAAAGAUUUUACCCCUGAUCAUAAACUUUAUUGUCAUCAUUAUACCAUAACCUCAUAGAAGUAGAUCCUUUUUUUAUAAAUUCUCAAAAGCAUUCUAAUCCUUAAACCUUCAUCAGCAUGAGAUUCAAUUUUACGUUUGAAUUCUUAUUCCUUACACUGUUUCAGAAUAAGGAAAAGGUUAGACUUGGUAGGUCGUGUUUCUUUAUCAAAUAUCUAAUGAUAUUAGUUUGAAGUGUUAGCUGUUUUAUAAUGUUAAUAGUGUGACGUAUCCAUUGAUGGGUUUCAGCUGUUACUCAGUUGAUUGAGGAAGAAAGUCGAUUAAGGCAUUUAUAUCUUACACUUUGUGAGUUGGUGGCUCAGUCAGUUGCAAUGCACUGUGUUCAAGACAUCGAUGUUAGGGAUUUGCCCCCAGUUCUGGGCCUUUUAUUAAUGUCGUUUAUUCUUGUGCUGUACCAGCUCAUCCUUUUGCUUCAUAAGUUUCUUCAUAUCUUGAAGUAUAGACAUCUCACAAACAUUUUUUAGUUGCAGUUCCGCAUUUAGUUAAUAAAUAAAAUACCUUAACACCCUUAAUUUUAUUUAAAAUAUCGAUAAGUAAAGAGCCUAAUUUCUUUAAAGUUUGCGAAAUAAAUUAUUCAGCAAAGUCUAUAAAUAGUUUAAGUUUCAUGGGGGUUUCGCUUUGUGUAACUGUAUGCUUAAACUCAUCCAACGUGUAUAAUAACGGUACUUAACCUUAAAGGCACUUUUGUUGUUUAUAUUAAAUGAUUCCACAUUAAUUUAUAUGUUUAUCUAUUGAAAACACACUGAUAUUAAACAAUCGUGUACCAGUUAAAUUUUUAUUUACUCAUAUGUGUGUUAAAGUAUCACAAAUCCGUAAAGUUGUCACAAUCAUAAGUGAACUAAUUAGGUCAAAUAAAAUAUAAAAAAUUACCUACCUUAAGAUAUACUUGGUUAUUGUGACUAAAGGGCCAAUUGAACAUAAUGUCGAACUAAUUAUAUUUUUAAUAUGAUUUCCUCUGAAGUAAAUAUAAUUCUGUUACAUUGUAAGAUGUAAAGUAUAUUUAUUCUAAAUGUUACUCUUGAAUCUGUAACACAAAUUUCUGUUGAAUAUUUUCCACCAUGUUGCUAAUGCUAAACAUUAUUUGUAAAUAUAAGAAAUGGCCUAAUUAUGUACAGUUAACAAAGAGUUAUUUUGUGAAUGUAUAUGUGGAACUUAAAAUUAACUUGAUGACUUUCAAGGUAGGCCUAUUAUCAAAUGGAAAUUCUAUAGCUAUUUUUGUUACUGUGAAUUUGAUAUGUAUAAGGAAUUGUUGUACUGUUAAUUAUUUCUUUUAUGUUUGGUACUUUGUUUAUAUUUUAGUACCUAUUUCAAUUUAUUUAAAAUAUUUAAGUAUUCACUGACUAUUUCACAGAUUCAAAAAACAGUUUAAAACGACUUAUAUAUACAUACCAUUUCUGUAAAAGAGAUGGUAAAUAUACAAAACUAAUUAACAAGGUACUGUUUUAAAAUCAUGACUGAUAAUAACAAUACCUAAAUCAUUUUGAAUGGUAAAUUUUUGUCUAUUUUCAAAGUGUAACCUUUUUUAUCAUGUAGUAAUAUACUUUGGUUGCCAUUGAAAACACUGUUUAUUAUUAGGGGUCUGUUGGCCAAACUGUUUUAUUUCGGGUCUGGUCAAAGUUGCGUAGGGUGCCAAGCAAAAGGGUACCUAAGCGCUCUGCAAUGUUCUGUAUAAUGUAAGGAGCAUAGAGACAUUGAAUACCUAUAUAACACUAUGAAAAUCUCCCACAGCAAUGUGGACAUCAUCAUCAUCUCCUCCGAUUGCGGCAAAAUUCUUGUCCUCACCCGCUGUUGUGUGGACAUAAUCAUGAUCUCCUAAAAUCGAGGCAUUAUCGCCGUUUUCCGCGAUCGCGGCAAAAUUAUGUUAAUCCCCACAGCCAUGUAGAAAACAUUGUCUCCCGCGGUCACAGAAGCGUUAUCUUUGUCAUGCACAAUCGUGGCAAAAGCAGUUAUUUUCUUGAUCGAACGAUCUUAGCAGGCGAGUGUUGGAUAUUGGUAUCGGCAAAGAUUUUUUCGAUCGAUUCUCGAUACUGAUACCAAUGUCCUAGUAUCGCUUGUAUUGAGAAUCGACACCUCCCUAUCUCUAACCCUCACAAAUAAACAAUGUUUGCCAAUCUCAUUAUGAACCUUCUAGUUUAAUCUCUGUGAACUAUAAUUGACUUGUGUUCCCCUGUAGGUGGUAGGCCCGUAAGGUUUCACUUCUUAUAGUGUUAUAUAUUUAACAAUAGAGGUUAAAAGACGAUUUACCUUGCCAAAUUGUAGGACUCUAGGAGUAGUUAAUUAUGGAAAAUCGUACAUCAUAAGCUGGGACUCUUGCCCAUACUCCCACUACUUGAUUUAUUUUUAUUCCCAAAUAACAAUAACUACAAAUGAAAAAUGGCUUCCUCUGUCGGACAUCCCUCCGUCAUCUACUUGAACUUGUCCGGUAGACGUUCGUCCGUUUUGGAUGUUCUUAAGCAUUUAUAUUUACACAUCUGUUUUUAUUUAUCCAGAGACAGUCCUUACCUUCUAGUUACUACCAUAUAAGUUUUUUAGGGGGUGAUUUUGUUUUCUGGGACUAGAAAAAUGUCUAGAACCAGGCCUGACACCGAGAAAGGCAUAAUUUAGUGGGAGAGCACCUACCAAGCGGUGACAUUUGAAGUCUCCUAUUGCCGAGCAGGAAUUGAUGACUAUUGUGUCUGCAGUCAAACUUUUUAGUUCUGUUCUGGCCAAUGAUGCAUAUUCUUUUGGUUUUUCUGGGAAGUCAGCUGAUAUUUGAAUGUUUAGAAACAGAUGAGUGGAUGUAGUACCUUACUGAUUAUAGGCUUUACACAAAUUACUCAGAUUAAAUAAACAGAUGGUCUUUGUUAGUAACACAGUUGCACAAGGCAUAUCACCCUUCUACACUCAUCCUUCAUUCAUAUUUGAAUUAUGAUAGUGAUGCUAGAGGUAUAGAAAGGCUUAUGCCCAAGAGCAGCCGUAGCUUUUUACGAUACAAUACAAUGAAUAGCAUGGCAACAUGAAAUGUAACCCGGCUGGCAUCAUGCACUUCUAGUAAUCGUAAACAACCCAACGUUCCCAAAAACUAAAAAGUUUGAGCGUUUUUCUAUUUUCUAAUAAGCAUCCCUCCGAUGUAACAAUGUAUUUGAUGGCUUCCAAGUAUAAAAUAAUAACCUUAAAAAUUGUGUAGGCCUACUUAUUAAAACUUAAGUUUUAGGGUUUUGUCUUGGGCUGGUCACAUUGAUGGUUCAAGAUCAGCAGCUUGUAUUAUCUUUAUCGCUGUAGUCACCACAUAUCGCUUAUGUGGCCUACACAGUAAAAACUCUUCGCUAUCUGUAAAUCACUGCACAGAUUAUUAGGUCUUUGAUAAUAGGUAUUUGAGGCUAAAAAAACACAACAAAAUUUAAAAAUCUGAUCUAUUUAACCCUCCUGGAGGAGUGUUACAAGCUUUGUUUUUGUUAUAAAAAUAUUCAAAUCAUUUUCAAUUGAGGUUGUUUGAACAAAAACUUCUUCGCUGAAUGCCACGUUUAUCAUUCACGGCCCAUGCGUGUUAUAGAACUUAAAGUAGGCCUACGUUAUUUCAUAUUUCAAUAAGUUCAUAUCCCGUAAGGUAAAUAGAUACCAUAAUUGUUUUUUUCUGUGCUUUGUCCAAAUAUUUGAAAGUAGGAUUUUAAUUAACAUGAAAUAAAAGAAACAGUUUAGUUGAAGUAUAUUACAUUUUCAGUGGAAAACACCGAAACCUUUUUCCAACACAUUUAUUGUGGACAUCUCCAAAGAUCAAGCUUUUAGAGGUCUGUGUGCAUAGUCUAUACAUAGUUGUUUGCAUUUGUGUGUAAAUACUUAGAUGUUUGUUUGUGUAAAAACACUUGUAUAUGUGGCAACUUUUGUUACAACACUUCUCUAAGUUCUCCAGUGCCUUGUUUCGUGUUGGUUUGUUAAGGUGCUACUUACGAUUGUAAAGUCGACAGUACUUUGAGGAACAACAACUGAAUAAUGAACCAAAAUAUCUUGGUUUUGUUAUGUAAUCAGUUGGGUCAUUUUAAAAUUCCAAUAACCUUAAAGUCAAUUACCUCUUACAGAUUAAUUAAUAAAUUUCCCUGUAGUUCAUUUAUAGGCCUACUCUAGUCUAGCUUGUAGUGUAGCCCAUUAGGCAGGUAAAAUUUAGUAAUUAUGUUUUAGAAGUUGGAUAUAAAUUGUAUCAGUCCAUUGAAAAUUUAAAUAAUAAAUACCAAACAUUUUGUUUUUUACACAGCAUUUUAAUUGGGAGAAUUAAACACAAAAAUUGUUUUGUGCCCAGUUUUAAUUAUAAACAUGAGUAUUACAGUACUAUAAUGUUGUAAAAUCCAUUUAAUUUUAUAUAAGCUUAGAAUGUAAAACAGUUUAUAAGAAAAACAGUAAUUUAGUUUUAUGUUAGCCCAUUCGAUUUUCUAGAAAUUUCUUGAAUGAAAUUAUUUUUUCAAAACAGUUAUUGUGAAGUUAACGUGGUUUUAUCUUAAAAUAUGUCCUCUUAGUACCUCUAUUACAAUAUUACUGAAAUAAAUUUAAAUUAUAUUUGGUAUUUAUCCUUGUUUGUAUAUCUCUUUAUUUUAUAAAACAUGCAAUGCGAAUUGUAGCUGUAAAAAAUAGAAGUAAUGUACAUAGUCUCUAGUCCUGUGAUAGAAAUAAAACCAAAACAGCAAUAACUAAAUACAAUUUAGUUCCUUUUACGUAGUCGCUCAUAUUUAGUUUGCAUUAUUAAAGCUGGGAACAAGAUAAAAAAUGACUUGUUUCUCAAUAUAUUAAAGCUGUAAGAUAGCUCCCAUAUGCACAUUUUUCAGAUGAAUUUGAUUACAUGGUAUUUUAAAAUCGUAAAAAAAAUUGCUUCAGAUCUGAUUUUGAAGACCAAUAAAACCUAUUAAUUCAUUACACUAAAAUAGUCUUGUAAUUUAAAAAAAAGAUUUUGCUUAGUUCCGUUCCUUGUUUACAAGAAAUGUCAUAAGUGAGUAAAUAUAUUUUGGCAAACACUGAUCAAUGUUAGUGCUAUUUUAUUGUUGCAUUUAUGCAAUAUUACUUGUUACUCGUUGAUUUAGCUGUGUUGAAAAUACAUUUUAUGUGCUUAAGAAACCAAAACUAUGUGUUACUUUUUAAAAAGUACAUAAAGCCGUUUCAAUUAAUGUGAUCACAAGUCAAACCAAACAAUGACUGAACAUUUUGGUGCACUUGUUGAGUAGUAAUGUGAUAGAAUAUUGAACUGGCAAACAAUAAAGUUUGUUA